AUGAGUGAUAAUCCAGAUACACACGAUUUAAAUUCAGAUGUAUUAAGACUUUAUAGUUCAACAGGACAUGAAUUUGUCUUAUCAAGAAAAAUGUCAUAUGUUUCUGGUACAAUUAAAUCAAUGUUAAGUGGUGAUAAUUCAAACUUUAUGGAGGAUCAAAACAAUGAAAUUCGUUUUAGAGAAAUUUCAACACCAGUUUUAGAAAAAGUUAUUCAAUAUUUCUACUUUAAAAAUAAAUAUACAAACAGUACUACAGAUUUACCAGAAUUCCCAAUCAAUGAAAAAGUUGUUGUAGAUUUAUUAUUAGCUGCCCAUUUCUUAGAUACUUAA